AUGUCCUCAUCGUGUCCAUCGCGCGCGUCCCCUCCCUUGGCCGCCGUUCCGUUUCGCAGGGGCAGUGUUGCGGGGGCAACAGGGCCAGGUCACGCGACAGAGAGGGCACUCUAUGCCUCUGAGCAGCACGCGCAGCUGCUUUUGGCGCAGAUGAACAAAAUGCGUCUUCGGGCGGAUUUCUGCGACGUGCGACUGCUCGUCGGCGGACGAGUUUUCAACGUUCACAGGCUAGUGCUGGCCGCUAGCGGACCGUACUUCGCAGCGCUGUUCUCUGGGGCGAUGAGCGAGGCCCGAGAAGAGGAAGUGCGGAUUGCUGGAGUGGAGGCUGAUAUUUUCGAGAUGCUCCUUGAAUUUAUUUAUACAGGCACUAUUGACGUCACCGUGGAUAAUGUGCAGGAGGUGAUGGUGGCCGCAGACAUGUUGCAGCUGAGUGAAGUUGUCUCCAUAUGUGGGGAAUUUCUCAGGACUCAGAUGGAUCCCUCAAACUGCGUGGGCAUCUAUCAGUUCCUGGAACACAUAGGCUGCAUGGACUUACUGGAAUUCACUGAAAAUUACAUCCAUGUCCAUUUCCUAGAGGUGUGUGCUGCGGAGGAGUUUUCGAGCCUGUCGAAGGAGCAGCUGGUGAAGCUCCUGCGGAGCGAGGAGCUGCGGAUCGAGGAUGAGUACCAGGUCUUCACGGCGGCGAUGGACUGGCUGCUGCAGGACGUGAGCCGACGGAAGAAGCAUGUCGUGGAAGUUCUGGACCCUGUUCGCUUCCCCCUUCUCUCCCCCCAAAGGCUCUUCAAGUAUAUCGAGGGCAUUUCAGACUUCAGCCUGCGGGUGGCGCUGCAGACCUUACUCAGGGAGUACACAGAGGUCAAUAAGUCUCCCAAAGAGAACAAGACGCUCAGCAUGCUACACCCAGCCAAGACCAGGCCCAGGAGGAAGGCCCGCAAAUACCUUUAUGCCAUCGGCGGUUACACGCGUCUGCAGGGCGGCCGUUGGAGUGACAGUCGAGCCCUCAGCUGUGUGGAGCGCUUUGACUCGUUCAGUCAGUACUGGACCACUGUGUCCUCCCUGCAUCAGGCCCGCAGUGGCCUCGGGGUGGCCGUCCUGGAGGGAAUGAUCUACGUGGUGGGCGGGGAGAAAGACUCCAUGAUCUUUGACUGCACGGAGAGGUACGAUCCAGUCACCAAGCAGUGGGCCGCAGUGGCUUCCCUGAACUUCCCACGUUGUGGAGUCGGAGUUUGUUCAUGUCACGGAGCUCUCUAUGCCCUGGGGGGCUGGAUCGGCUCGGAGAUUGGGAAAACCAUGGAGCGAUAUGAUCCUGAGGAGAACAAGUGGGAAGUAAUUGGCAGCAUGGCUGUACCGCGGUACUAUUUUGGCUGUUGUGAACUGCAGGGUUUCAUCUACGUCAUAGGAGGCAUUAGUGAUGAGGGGACGGAGCUGCGCUCCGCGGAGGUGUACGACCCCAUCUCCCGCCGCUGGAGUGCCCUGCCCGUCAUGGUGACCAGACGGGCCUACGUGGGUGUUGCCAGCCUGAACAACUGCAUCUACGCCGUGGGAGGCUGGAACGAGGCACUGGGCUCUCUGGAAACCGUGGAGAAAUACUGCCCAGAGGAGGAGAAGUGGGUGGAGGUGGCCCCCAUGGCAGUGGCUCGUGCCGGAGUGACAGUAGCAGCCGUUAACGGGCUGCUGUACGCGGUGGGGGGGCGAGCAACCAGUCGAGACUUUUCCGCUCCGGUGACGGUGGACUCGGUUGAGAUCUAUGACCCCCACCUGGACACCUGGACAGAAAUCGGCAAUAUGAUCACCAGCCGCUGUGACGGAGGUGUGGCCGUACUCUGA